CUCAUAAAUAAGUAAAAUCACAACGAAAAAAUGUUGAAAAAACUUUUAGCUUUUCUUUUGAUUUUGCUGCCAAUCUUAGCGCUGCAAAAGGGAUUCAGCUAUCAUGUGGCAAAGCUCCUGCUGCCGGGUGAGACGCACAGCCAGGAGGCACAGAGCCUGAUGCAAAAGUUCACACACACAAAUCGCGUGCAAAUCUUUUGCCAGCCACAUGAGGACAUUUCUUUUUGGAAGAUCUUUCAAUGCAAUCGCCUACAUUUGGAAAUCGAAGAUGGAGCGGAUUACAACCAGUACAAGGAGCAGACCGCGCAUGAGAUCUACCAGGCACAUCGCCAGCGCAAGGAGUGGACCGAGGGCAAGGCCGUGUCGGGAAAGGAUAAGUACAUAGAUUUGAAGAAAAAUUCCAAUACCUGCUAUGGCAUCCACACGGAACUGGCCUACAAUCUCACACUGGAGACCACCGCCACCGACAAGUGGCGUUUGAGCAAAUUCUCGCUUGGAUUUAUUCUCUGGGUGGCUGCACCACACCUAGAGGACUUUCACUGCUGCCUAUACAGCGUGACGGCAUUCUUGGGCUACCAACUGGCCACCUGGAUUAUGAUUUACAUCACUGGACAUCUGCGCCUGGUGCUCGAGGGCUCCCUGUGGACGGCCUUCCAGGAAAUUCUCUACGAGCGGCCUUCCACCAUGGCUCUGGCAUUUACUGGUUGCUUUUAUGCCCUUGCCUUGGGCUGUAGACGAUUUGAUCAUAUUUUUUUCCAUCACAGCCGCUUUCGUCAAGUCCAUCGUUUCAUUCUCAGAGGCAUUGCCUAUUGGUUGAUCUACAGCGCCUCGGAUCACUCGGAAGUCGGAAUCUACUGUCUGUUGUACCUGUUUUUCUACACCAAGAUCUGGUUGCUCUUACGUUAUCCCUUUUGGGGUUGCUGCAAAGUGUUGCGCCUCAUAGUGGCGCCACCAAACAGGCACCAGUUCAACGAGGCCCAACAGGAGGCGUCGCAGGCAAUCUUUAAAAUCUCCCAAGGAAACUACGUGGCCAGCGAGAAUGUUGUUUUGGCCACGCCGCGCCCCUCCAAUUCAUAUCGCAACUUUGAGGCAGCUGGCGCGACUUCUACGCCUACAAUUCAGCGUGGCACUGCAGCCCAUCCACCUGGUUUUAUCUUCAGGGGCCACGACAUGGCAGACACGUCCAGAACCAUCUUUCGGGGUCGCUUUGACCCCAACGAGGAAACCUUCACUUCGGUAGGGAGUCAGCGUCCGAGUCAAACUUCUUCGACGACUGCACUGUACUACAACAUGAACUAUCGCGAGUCCAUGGGGGAUACACGCGAGCAAUUGUGAUCCUGCUCAAAAGAAACUCCUCUACACCUUAACCACAAGAAAACUGCGGGUAAAAAUGCACCAAGAAGACCAAGAAAGGAACAACUUGAGGGGUGCAAAGCACAAGCUAAACAAAAGAAAGAUGAAAAAACUAAAGGAAAAUGCAUUUGAUAAUUGAAAAGCAAAGUCCACACACGCACAGAACGCAGCAGCAGCAACAGCAACAGCAGCAGCAACAGCAGCACACGUGGAAAACCCACAUCAUGUGCAUAGGGAAAAACCUUUUCAUGCAGAGUGGAAAAUGCCCUCAAGGAAGCGGGACGGACGAGGCAGGACACGAGAAAUCGAAUCGGAAGCCAAAAGGAACAUUUCAACAUUUUGCCAUGGAAACUGCACGAGCGAGGGGGCAGGCUGUGGGGGUCAGGGGCGUGGCAGGCAAAGUGAUUUGAAAGGCAGCACAAAGUGGAGUCCAAGGAGAGCAGCCACAAAACGGAGUCCGAGCAGGAGUACUGGCCCGACCCGCCGCACAAGCGAACAGCAAAGUAGAGUCCUGGGUUCAAGGAAAAAGCCUAAAACUACAGUCCGUGGCAUACAAAUGGCAGCGGCAAUUGAAAUAAUUAUGGGCAAAAUGAGA